AUGGAUGCAGCCAAUCAAUCUGUGGUCUCAGAGUUUGUGUUCCUGGGGCUGUCAAAUUCCUGGGAGAUUCAGCUUGUCCUUUUUGUGUUCUCCUCCAUGUUCUACAUGGCAAGCAUGAUGGGCAACUCCCUCAUUGUCCUUACAGUGACUUCUGACCAUCACUUACACUCCCCUAUGUAUUUUCUUUUGGCUAAUCUUUCUUUUAUUGACUUGGGUGUUUCUUCCGUCACAUCCCCCAAGAUGAUUUAUGACCUUUUCAGAAAACGCAAAGUCAUCUCCUUUGGAGGCUGCAUUGCUCAGAUCUUCUUCAUUCAUGUUAUUGGUGGUGUGGAGAUGGUGUUGCUCAUAGCCAUGGCCUUUGACAGAUAUGUAGCCAUCUGUAAGCCUCUCUACUAUCUUACUAUUAUGAGUCAAAAAAUGUGCAUUUUGCUCCUAGUUGCUGCAUGGAUAAUUGGUUUGAUUCACUCUGUUGUUCAACUGGUUUUUGUCAUAAAAUUGCCAUUUUGUGGCCCCAAUGUAUUGGACAGUUUUUACUGUGACCUUCCUCGAUUUAUCAAACUUGCUUGCACAGAUACCUACAGACUAGAGUUUAUGGUCACAGCCAACAGUGGGUUUAUAUCUCUGGGCUCGUUCUUCAUACUGAUCAUCUCCUACACUUUCAUCCUGAUCACAGUUCGAAAACAUUCCUCAGGUGGCUCAUCCAAGGCUCUGUCUACUUUAUCCACUCACAUCAUGGUGGUGAUUUUGUUCUUUGGUCCUUGUAUCUUUGUUUAUACCUGGCCUCACCCCACAUCUCACCUAGACAAAUUUCUUGCCAUUUUUGAUGCAGUUCUCACUCCUUUUCUGAAUCCAGUCAUCUACACAUUCAGGAACAAAGAGAUGAAGACAGCAAUAAAGAGAGUAUGUAGUCAACUUAUUGUUUACAGAAAAAUUUCUUAA